AUCAGAGGCUAAAUGUGGCACUUGGACAUUAUGAAACAGAUGUGAUUUUGAGAGCUACUGCUGAGCGGAAAAGCGCUCCUGGUGGUGAUGGCAUAUCAGGAUCCAGGAUGAUGGACCAAAGCUUGUCAACUCUAAUCACAGAGUAUGAUAAACACUUGGAAGAAAUGAGAGAACAGCUGCAGCUUUAUCAGGCACAAAUGAGUGAGAUGAGACUAAAAUUUGAACAAGUCACCAAGGAAAAUGAAAGGCUGCAUGCAGAGUUGAAAGAGGCUCUUGAGAAGCAACUGGAUGCUCUUCCUUUCAUGCCUCUGGGAACUGAUAUUCCUGCAGAUGAAAGAAUAGUGAGAAACCUUCAAGAACAACUACAACUGAUGAAUCAAGAAAAAGAACAAGCAAUAGAGCUCUGGCAGACGGUGUUACAGGAGCAUGAUCGACUCCAACAGCAGUACCAGGAACGCAUGACUGAAACGCAGAUUCACGUGGCUGAAAGGCAAAAGCAGAAAGAUCAACUGACUGGCUUUCAACAGUUGACUCAGCAACUGCAUAUAGCCAAUGAGAAAAUAGAGUUGAGCAAUCAACAGUUUCUGAAAACUGUAACAGAACAGAAUGUGGAACUGGAGCAGCUACGAAAACAACUGAGGCAAGCCAAAAUAGAUGGGCGGGCAGCAAAUGCUAAGCUUGAUGAGUUGACCAGAUUAACAGAGAAGCUUCAAGGCCAAUUGGAGAGAAAGGAAGAAGAUGUGAUAUCUGCCCAGCAAAGAGAAAUGGCAUCUGACAAACGCUUGCAGCAAAUGCAGUCUAGUAUAAAACAGUUAGAAACAAGGUAA